AUGAACCGAGAAAGAGGACGGCUGCGUGUGGUCGUUGUGGCUGCUAUUGUCACUGUGAGUGAAUAUGGCCCUCCAGCCCAUGUUCCAAUCUACAUCAAUCCCUAUCCACAAGUCCCAGAAGAUUCAUCCUCAAAAGAAGAUCGAGGCCCCGCCCCUCCUGUUGAUGGAUAUCAGAAUUUGAUUCUGGGGGAUAGGGAACCAGCCCAGCAACAGCGGGAUCAACCGCCAGCUAGGGGACCUGCGCCGCCAAAGAACGCCCACCCCCAGCAGUCUCGCCUUGACGAAAUCGCUCGCCAGGUCCAAAAACUGCUCCAAGACGAUCAGGGCAACGUCGACCUCAACAAAGUCCCCAAACCCGUCAACAAACCCGGUAGCAAGGCGCCCGGCUUCUCCCCGAAACGCCGAAAUACGAUGAGGGAAGCUGAAAACAUCGUGAAACGUUCUGGCUACGAGGCAGUACCCAAGACACGCACCAAUGAUGGGCUGACCAUUCACUCGUCUGGAUAUAACUUUGAUGGAGAGGAUUUGCCACCGACUGAAACUGGCUCGCCCUCAUACCCAGCUGAUGAGCCCGACCAUGGAUAUGGUGGAGAGGAGACUACGGUAGCUGAGACGACCAUCGCCCCAGUCACCCUGCCCGCACACAUCCGGACCAUUGUCGCCAAUUUUGCCAAGCAGAUGGAGAAACAGGCCAAGAAAACUCGAGCUGAGGCUUCCGGUCAGGCUACCACUCCCAAGGAGUUCAGCUUUGAUGGAUCGGCUGAUCGCACAACCCCGGCAACCCCCUCUGAUGGCUACGAUACCGUAACCCAAGGAUAUGAAGAACCAACCGAGGAGAAGCCGAGGAAUGGAGGAGGAGCACAAGGAGCCUAUGGAGGUUACUCGGCCUCCCACGGCGCUCCGUCACCCACCAGCAUUCAGGAUAAAGCCUCCGGAGAGCAAGAAGAAGAGGAAUACCCGAAGAGACGAGGCGCCCGUUUCGUCCCAUUCCAUCAGGUUCGACAUCUCUUCAUC